AUGCCCUGGCAGUUCACCCGCAACCGUUCUCAUUCUGGGAAACCGUGCUUGGAUCCAUUGUCCUGGGGAGGCGAGCCCCGACUGACCCCCCCCCUUUCCUCCCGCUCUGCUUUGCUGAGGGAGGUCCCCCUCUCCCUCCCUCGGGAACUAUUUCCUGGCUGGGACAGGAGGGGGGAUAGAGUCCAUUUAUAGGACUGGUCCUUUGGGAGCCGGAAGACAUUUAAACAGUCGGAGCGAGAAGAGCUUUGACCCACCUGGGGCCAUCCGUCGGUGUGGCAGACGAGGGUGUGCCUGGCGUGCCUGAGGGAGGCAUGGAGACGGUGGAGCUCUUCAGCGCGGAGGGCAAAGGCCGGGGCCUGAAGGCCACGAAGGAGCAGUGGGCAGGGGAUGUCAUCUUCGCAGAAAGAGCUUACGCGGCCGUGGUCUUCGACAGCCUCACUCACCUCGUCUGCCACACUUGCUUCAAGCGGCACGAGAAACUCCACCGCUGCGGCCAGUGCAAGUUUGCCCAUUACUGCGAUCGGACCUGCCAGAAGGAGGGCUGGGCGAAGCACAAGAGUGAGUGCUCUGCCGUCAAGAAGCAGGGGAAGGCACCCAACGAAAACAUCCGGCUGGCUGCCCAAAUCUUGUGGCGAAUCGAGAGAGAAGGAGGAGGGCUGACAGAGGGCAGUUUGGUCUCCAUAGAUGAGCUGCAGAACCACGUGGAGCAUUUUGGCGACGAGGAGAAGAAGGAGCUGCGGGUCGACCUGGAGAGCUUCCUGGAGUUCUGGCCACCCAACAGCAAGCAGUUCGGCAUGCAGUACAUUUCUCACAUCCUGGGUGUGAUAAACUGCAACGGGUUCACCCUGAGUGACCAGAGGGGUCUGCAGGCGGUGGGCGUUGGCAUCUUCCCCAACCUCUGCAUGGUCAAUCACGACUGCUGGCCCAACUGUUCUGUCAUCUUCAAUAACGGCAAUCAUGAGGCUGUAAGGUCAUUGUUCCACACCCAGAUGAGGAUAGAGCUACGGGCCCUGGGAAAGAUCUCCCCCGGGGAAGAACUGACAGUGUCCUACGUCGACUUCCUCAAUGUCGGUGAAGACAGAAGGCAGCAGCUAAAGAAGCAGUACUACUUUGACUGCACCUGCCAGCACUGCCAGAAAGGAAUCAAAGAUGACCUGAUGUUGGCUGUGAAGGAGGGAGGGGAGAAGCCUUCCCAGGAAACAGUGAAAGAGAUUAUCCAGUACUCCAAGGACACCCUAGAGAAGAUUGAUAAAGCUCGGUCAGAGGGGGUUUACCAUGAAGUGGUGAAACUGUGCCGGGAGUGUCUGGCGAAGCAGGAGGCCAUUCUGGGAGACACCAACAUUUACCUGCUUCGGAUCCUCAGCAUCUUGUCUGAAGUUCUCUCUUACCUUCAGCACAUCAACGAAGCGGCUGGCUGCUCCAAGCGGAUGGUGGACGGUUACGUGAAACUUUAUCACCCCAACAAUGCGCAGCUAGGGAUGGCCCUGAUGAGAGCGGGAGUGACGCACUGGCAUGCUGGCCUCAUUGAAGUGGGGCAUGAGAUGCUCUGCAAGGCCUACGCUGUCCUUCUGGUGACCCACGGCCCCUCCCACCCCAUCACCAAAGACCUGGAGGCCAUGCGUGUUCAGUCGGAGAUGGAACUGCGCAUGUUCCAGCAGAAUGAAUUUAUGUACUACAAAAUGAGAGAAGCUGCUCUGCAGAACCAAAAAAUCCAGGUCAUGCCUGAGCCCACAAAUGAGGUUUCACCCGGGAUCUUCCAAAAGAAGCAAUAACUGCCCACAGAUCCCCUCCUGAUCCUGCGGCUGGUGCAACAUCAGCACUUUGGGCUCUGAACGGGGAGAAAGCGGCCAGGCAAGAAAAGCAGCCUUUGGUUCUGAAAGUCUGGACCUGUAGGUGCUUUCUCCAGAUAGGUACCCUUCCUCUACAUGCUCAUGUUGGCUUAGAAGUAUUUCACAGAAUACAACAAAUGCUGUAUACCACUGGUAAUGAUAAUAAAAUAAUUA